CGCCGACAGAGGGCGCUGUGGCGAGCCGAGCAUCGUCCUCAUCAUCUUCAUCAGCAGCUUUACCUCCGUGUCCUUCCAGCAGCAGCUCACCUUCAGCCGGACACACGCACGUCCACCGCCGCGCCCGCAAAAACACACGGAGGAUAAAUAGCGAUCGUCCAACAGAGGAGCCCGAGCAGCACCAGUGUCGGUGGUUGUAAUGAUGUAGCGGGUCGUUUUACGGUUUGACUUCAACAUCCAGCGCCUUCGCCUCACUGCGACACGGAGACACCGUCCAGCUGCGCACAAAUACAUCUGCAGUCGAUCUCAACCCAAACCAGCCGGCCCGUCCCGCGGCCUCCUCUGCACCAAGAAGGUCCAAGUGUCUGCGCAUCGCUCUCCCCGAGGCUCCACAUCCGCCUCCAGCAGCCUCUUUCCAGCAGGAAGCAGCGUCCUCCGCCAGUUCAGCCUGCGCCAUGGCCGACAUCCCAGCGGAGUGCAACAUAAAAGUGCUGUGUCGCUUUCGCCCCCUCAACCAGUCGGAGAUUGUCCGGGGGGACCUGUUUCUGCCCAAAUUCCAGGGCGAUGACACCGUCGCCGUCGGGGGGAGGUCCUAUGCCUUUGACCACGUGUUUCCAACCAACACCACCCAGGAGCAGGUGUACAACACCUGCGCCAAGCAGAUUGUCAAGGAUGUGCUGGGUGGCUACAAUGGCACUAUCUUCGCAUAUGGACAAACCGCCUCCGGGAAGACUCACACCAUGGAGGGCAAACUCCACGACCCUCACCAGAUGGGUAUUAUUCCUCGCAUUGCUGAGGACAUUUUCAACCACAUCUUUGCAAUGGAUGAAAACCUUGAAUUCCACAUCAAGGUUUCCUACUUUGAAAUCUACAUGGACAAAAUCCGUGACCUGCUGGAUGUGACAAAGACCAACCUGUCCGUCCAUGAGGAUAAGAAUAGGGUGCCCUAUGUGAAGGGAUGCACUGAGCGUUUCGUCUCCAGCCCUGAUGAGGUCAUGGAUGUGAUCGACGAGGGCAAAAACAACCGUCACGUGGCUGUGACCAACAUGAACGAGCACAGCUCCCGCAGCCACAGCAUCUUCCUGAUCAACAUCAAGCAGGAGCAUGUGGAGACUGAGCAGAAGCUGUGUGGAAAACUCUACCUGGUUGAUCUGGCUGGCAGUGAGAAGGUGAGUAAGACCGGAGCUGCAGGAGCCGUCCUGGAUGAGGCUAAAAACAUCAACAAGUCUCUCUCUGCUCUGGGAAACGUCAUCUCCGCGUUGGCUGAGGGCACGAAAUCUCACGUGCCGUAUCGUGACAGCAAAAUGACCCGCAUCCUGCAGGACUCUCUUGGUGGCAACUGUCGCACCACCAUGUUCAUCUGCUGCUCUCCCUCCAGCUACAACGACACAGAGACCAAAUCGACUCUGAUGUUUGGCCAACGUGCCAAGACCAUCAGGAACACCGCCUCCAUCAACCUGGAGCUGACGGCGGAGCAGUGGAAGAGGAAGUUUGAGAAGGAGAAGGAGAAGAACAAGACCCUGAAGGAUUCCAUCACGAAGCUGGAGGGCGAGCUCAACCGCUGGAGGAAUGGAGAAAACGUGCCUGAGACAGAGCAGACUACGGCAGACGUGGUGAUCCAUACUGUGGAGGAGCGCCCCAUUUUGGACAACGACACCUCCUCCAUUGUGGUCCGUAUUUCCGAGGAGGAGCGUCAGAAGUAUGAGGAGGAGAUCAGGAAGCUGUACAAGCACCUGGAUGACAAGGAUGAUGAGAUCAAUCUGCAGUGCCAGUUUGUGGAGAAACUGAAGCAGCAGAUGCUGGACCAGGAUGAGCUCCUGGCCUCAUCCCGUGGGGAUGGGGACAAGGUCCAGGCUGAGCUUGGCAGGCUGCAGGGGGAGAGUGACUCUGCCAAGGCUGAGGUGAAGGAGGUGCUUCAGGCUCUGGAGGAGCUGGCCAUCAACUAUGACCAGAAGAGCCAGGAGGUGGAGGAGAAAGGCCUGCAGAACCAGCUGCUGGCCGACCAACUGGCCCAGAAAAUGGCCAGUCUGAUGGAGCUGGAGGCAGAGCUGUCUCGUAUGCAGGAAGUGAGCGGUCAGCAGAGGAAACGUAUCGCUGACGUCCUCAACGGCCUGAUGAGGGACCUCAGUGAGUUCAGCACCAUCGUGGGCAACGGCGAGAUCAAGCUGCCGGUGGAGAUCAGCGGCGCCAUCGAGGAGGAGUUCACCGUGGCUCGCCUCUACAUCAGCAAGAUCAAGUCGGAGGUGAAGAGCAUGGUGAAGCGCUGCCGACAGCUGGAGAUCAUGCAGCUGGAGUGCCACCGCAAGAUGGAGGAGACAGGGAGGGAGCUCUCCUCCUGCCAGCUCCUCAUCUCUCAGCAUGAGGCUAAGAUCCGCUCUCUGACGGAGUACAUGCAGAGUGUGGAGCAGAAGAAGAGGCUGCUGGAGGAGAGCCACGACUCGCUGAGCGAAGAACUGGCCAAGCUGCAAGACCAGGAUAACUCCCUGCUCGAGGGGAAGGAUGGAGAGAAGGGCGAGAUUGAGGAGGGAAAUGUGAAGAAGACUGUCCGUCAGCAGGGAGAUUCUCACCGCGGCCUCCAUCACAAGCAGCUGACCCGCCUGCGGGACGAGAUCAAUGAGAAGCAGAGGGUCAUCGAUGAGCUCAAUGAUCGUAACUCUAAGAUGGAGCUGGAGCUGGCUCAGGUUCGCACGGACUUUGAGCGUCUGAAGAGUCAGGACAGCUCCAAGAGCGAGCGCCUGGAGGAGCUCUCAUUCCUGAAUGAACGUCAUGAGCAGGCCAAACAGGACUUGAAGGGUCUGGAGGAGACUGUCGCCCGCGAACUCCAGACCCUCCACAACCUGCGCAAGCUGUUCGUUCAAGACCUCACGUCGCGGGUUAAAAAAAGUUCCGAAAUGGAACCUGAUGAUAGCGGGGGGUCUUGCACCCAGAAGCAGAAGAUUUCCUUUCUUGAAAAUAACCUGGACCAACUUACAAAGGUUCACAAACAGCUGGUUCGUGACAAUGCAGAUCUGCGCUGUGAGCUUCCAAAGUUGGAGAAACGGCUUCGGUCUACUGCUGAGAGAGUUAAGGCCCUGGAGACUGCACUGAGGGACGCCAAGGAGGGCGCCAUGAUGGACCGCCGCCGCUAUCAGCAGGAGGUCGACCGCAUCAAGGACGCCAUGAGAGCCAAGAGCGCCCUGCGCCGCCCCCACGCAGCACAGAUCGCCAAGCCGGUGAGACCGAAGCAGCUGACAGGUUGCUCUCCCACAAACCCGUUCUACACCUACAUCCGUGCCACUGAACAGGCCAACACCUACAGCAACGCCCUCUUCCAAGGAAGCGUGACACAGCAGAGCGCCGCCACCGCCACCUGCAACCCCAACUCUGUCCAGAGCAACACAGUUUCCACAGCACUGGGCUACAGAGCAGGCAAAUAUAAUGGAGACAUACUGGAGUCCUUCCCACUAAAUAUUGACAAUGGUAACAACAUCAGUGAAACGAGAGACAUCAACGACAACAGGAGUGAUGUUCACUGUGGCAGCGAGGUGGAUGAUACAAACAGGCACUACAUCGUUCAGCAGGAGACGGCUGCAAGUUAAUCCCAGGAUGAUGACCAAACACUGUUUCCACCCAUGGACCCUCCCCUCCCAUCUGCAUGCAGCCCGUCUCCCUGUCCCUCCACUGCAUCACUGAUGAAGACGAAGAUGAGGAUCUGUAGCCCUGUAUUCUAAUUACUAGAUGAACCCCCCUUCCCCGGCUCUUAUGGUGACCACCCUCAUCGUCAGGUUUGGGGUCGAGUCCACUCCAGUUCAGUCAGUGCAAGAAAUACAUCAAAUCAGAUGUUUUUAUAGUUACAGAAUAACCACCACGAAUUUGACCACAAUUUGUCAGAAGAUGUCUGAUGCUGAUUAACCUCCCGAGGUGUUUGAACUGAGGUGGGUCUGACUCCAUCCCUGAACACCUAGUACACACAUGUUGUAAAUAAUAGUGCUGUAUACUCCAGUAGAGGUUUUCGACCAGCAACUGUUUGUGUGAGCGCACAGCCUCCACCGUCCCCCGCACACGUCUCCUUUAGGGCAUCAUGUGGACGACAUACAGUAGGCACACAUGACCUUUUUUCUCAGUCGUAAAUAAGAGUAUAGUGUAGUGCCAGCUUGUAACAGAAGACCCACACUCUUCAUGCAUGUUAGCGGGUUAGCUUUCAAAUUGUUGCAUGUCAUGAUUCCACUCAGGAGCUGGAAUGCCGCGCGUGAAGCGUCUGAUCGACUUCGACAGAUGCCCCAGAAGGAGAGAGAGCUGGUUUCCCUUAAUCCCGAUCCUGGUCUCAGUGCUUUAAAUUUUCUAUUUUAAAAUAAACUCCACUCCAUGGAGGGUGGUUGUGGCUGUAUCGCAGGAAAUAUUGAAAAACUACUACUUUUUAUCUCAGAGAGAGACAUCAGAUGCAGAAAUACGAGGGAAACCCGGCCCAGAUUUGAUGUGUAUAGAGGAAACCUUUUGUAAUUGCUUUCAUACUGUGAUGUCCCAGCUGUACCAUGCUAUUGUACACUCCAGGUAAUGCUGCCCCAUAUGCAUUUAGUGUUGCUCCCUGCGCUGCAUCCCCACCUCGUGAGUCUUCUUACCGAGCCUUAACAAGAGCUGGUUUCUCAUGAUCAAUUUAACAGGCGGUCAUGUGAAUACAUUUGUAAUUGCUACCUCUGAAGCUACUCAUUACACAGUAUACUAAGAUAUCGUCUUUUCAAUUAAGCAGAUGUUUUUCGGACAAUUUGCAACUUAGGUACAAAAACUCUGCGUAGAUGUUCAUAGUUAUAAAGCAGGAUCAGAGCUGGGUAGAAACAUAAACUUUCUACUUCAGGAGAGUAACUGAACGUCUGGGUUCAUUCAUCAAGUCAGCUCAUAUAAUAUCAAGUUCAUUGUUAAAGGAGAAAUGUACUACAUUGAUUCUCAAAUAUUUCCCCUUAACGUUUUUAACUUUUGAGGCUGAAAGGACCUAAUCUGAAGCUACACUAUGGACGUACUUCUGAAUUUUGGUUUAGGAACAUCUCAGAACCUGUUAAGCCUUUUUGGAGGCUGUUUAGUGAUUCUGUGUUUUUAGAAUCAGAUCCAUCAGACGUCCGAUGAUGUAAAAAGUGUCUGUAAACUUGUCCCCGGCUGAGCAGCCACCAGUCUGGCGUGGACGGAGAGUUUGACAGAUUGUUUGUUGUCAGGUCGUGCUGUAAUUCUUCUGUUAAAAAAUCCUGGCCAGCCAAUCAGGAUAGAAGAAAGCAGCGUGUCGUAAGGUGGUGGGCGUGUUGGGACUGAGCAGAGUCACUGAAUAAAAGGUCGGAUUAGAGCCGACGUGGUGUUCCUAAAUUAAAACAGCUUCUUUGUGUAGGAAAAGUUGGACCAAAUUUAAAUGAUAUAUUGUGAAGCUGAAUGUGCCUUCUACGAUUCUAAAUAACACAAAUAUGUGUAAAUGAGAGAGAUGUAAUUUGGCGAGUUUGAUUCAGCCUCUUUUACUAUUAUGAACAACACAAUCUUUAGUUUUAUUUUCAAAACUAUUUCUGGAUGGAAACUUCCGUGUGUUACAUUGAAUGACUGGGUUUGUUCUGUUAUUUCGCCCAGGAACAGUAUGAACUCCGAAUGAUCAUUGACAGCCUCAGUUAUGACGCCACCACUUGGUCUCAUGUUCUCACUGACAUCAACAACAUCUCAGGGCUUCACAUCCACAAUCACAGUGACCACGAGGAGGCCACCACUGUGUUCCUCGUCAGAUUCGAAGAUAUGUGAUCGCAGAUGAACAAUCAGCUCAGUGUGUGUUCUUAAACAACAGAACAGGAUGACGACUCUUAUAGAAAUAAUAUCAUUUCAUACAAACAGUACGUAACAUCUCCAUUCUAGCUCAUGACCCCCUAAAUGAAACAGACCCUCAGCAGCACCCUGGUCAGACCCUACUGUACGUGUCCAAGCAGACCCUCUAUUUGACAUCAUGUUUUAAGUGUAAUAAAUUAUUUUAAAGGAGGGGGAAUGUGUACUAUAUUGUCACCCGCUGUCCCACUGUCUGAUUUCAACAUAUCUAAAAAUGUAUGUGCUAUAUAUUGUUAAUCUUGUAAGUAAAGUAGCGUGCCAUGACAUAGUGAAACGCAAAGGAAAGGUACGCGCUAACCUUGUUCAGAGAAACGUUUGUUUUAUUUAUUUCUGUAUGCCGAUACUGUAGCGUCGACAUGACUGUGUGAAGAAUCACCGUGCAAAAUCUCUGUAUAUAUAGACUCAUCACUAUGCUGUACUGUAUGUGAACCAUUGUGUUGUAGUAAAAAGUUCAAUAAACUUGUAGAAAGGA